CUUCCGGUGCCCAGCGACCCCCGUGGUUUCCUUGCUGAUGUCCUGGGUUCAAGCUGCACAUUUGAUCCGAAGCCCUGGAGAAGGAGAUGUGUUUGAUGAGGAGGCGGACGAGUCGCUCCUGGUGCAGCGGGAAUGGCAGAGCCACAUGCACAGACGAGUCAAAGAAGGCUAUAGAGAUGGUGUAGACGCUGGCAAAGCAGUUGCUCUUCAGCAGGGCUUCAAUCAAGGUUAUAAGGAAGGUGCAGAAGUCAUCAUAAACUAUGGACAACUCAGGGGAACAUUAAGUGCUUUGCUCUCGUGGUGUCUCCUUCAUGGUAACAGUCCGGCUUUCAUCGGUAAGAUAAAUCAUCUUCUGGAUGCAGUUGGCCAAUGUGAGGAGUAUGUGCUCAAACAUCUGAAAUCAAUCACAGCACCACCCCAAGUUGUAGAUUUAUUGGACUCCGUUCAGAAUAUGGACCUUUGUCCUGCAGUUCCAGCUGAGAAAAAGAUUGAUGAAGCUAAGGAUGAAAGACUCUAUGAAAAUAGUGCCAAGUUUAACAAAAACGGUAGCAAAAGUCCUGGUGGGAUAGAUUGUUCCUACUUAGAAAGCUGUGGAACAGACAAGCAUGCACAUUCUGAAAGCCCAAGCCUCACUUGGAUUUUAGAACAGACAGCCAGUUUACUACAACAGCUAGGAAUGUCAGUGGACAUAUUGCAACACCUCAAGCAAUUGUAAAAGUUAUCAUUUUCCUAAUGAAACGAAUGUUUUCAUCUAAAUAUGUUUUAACACACUUUUGAAAUGUGUUUUCAUUGCUCUUUAACCAAAAUAUGUACUGAUUUCUAUAUUAAAUACUUCCAGCUGUUUGUGUUAUCCUUCAAGGAAGUUAGAAUUGUCUUCAAAAUUGGUGCUCUUAACUGUAAUAAAGGCAUUCUUUGGCAA